AAUAGAUGCACAGAGCAGUUCUGCCUUCAAAGCUACUUCCACUACAACUACUACUGCAUGUUGAUGAGUACAGAGAGCAGAGAAUAUGGACACUACAGUCAGAGGAACACUGCAGGCUGACUUUGAUACAUUUGAUAUUUCUGAAGAGCUUGGAUUUCUGCUUGAAGAACCUCUGACACACCUUCCAGACUAUUAUCAGGUUUGGCUGGACCUGGCUAAUAAUCUUGAGCAUCUGAUAGAGACGGGUAAACUAAGGGAGCUGGUUCAUAAGAUGCCGCUCUUGAGCACCCACCUUUUGAGUAACCAUCGGGAGCUCAGGCUGGCUCAUCUAGCUCUGGGAUUCAUCAGCAUGGGAUACGUGUGGCAGGAAGGACAACAAGCACCUGCUGAGAUUCUCCCUAAAGCCCUGGCCUGGCCCUUUUGGCUGAUAUCUCGCAGGCUUGGCCUUCCACCCAUCCUAACCUACGCGGACACAGUUUUGGCCAACUGGAAAUUAACGGAUCCCACAGGAGAAAUGGAAAUCAGGAACAUGGACUUGAUAUUUUCCUUUCCUGGUGGAGAGAGUUGCAGGGGAUUUUUUAUAGUGUCACAAUUGGUCGAGAUGGCUGCCAGUUCAGGCGUAACGGGGGUUCUGGAGGUGAUGCAUGCAAUGAAAAUCUCAGACCUCAGCGGUGUGCAGAGAGGUCUCAACAAAGUGACUCAGUCUUUGAAGAGGAUGAAGGAAACUUUCAAACUCAUGCACAAUCAUGUGGAUCCAACUCUGUUUCAUGGAAAAUUAAGACUUUUUCUUUCAGGGUGGCGAGACAACCCUUUGCUUCCAUGCGGGUUGUUAUAUGAAGGUGUGAGCGAUGAGCCAAUUUUUUUAUCAGGCGGGAGUGCAGCCCAGAGUUCAGCCAUUCAGUGCUUCGAUGCUUUGCUGUGUAUCCGACACGAGGAUGAGACAGGUGCCUUCCUGACACGCAUGAGGGAUUACAUGCCUACCGCCCACCGUCAUCUGAUAGAAACUUUAUCCGUCGGCCCAUUUCUGAGAGACUUCAUCCUAUCUCGCUCCAGCUCUGACCUCUGCCAGGCCUACCGAUCCUGUGUAUCAGCGCUGGUGGAUUUACGUAACUAUCACCUCAAUACCGUCACCAAGUACAUCAUUGUGCCUGGGAAUCGAGCCCGUGCAAUCGGCUGCCCGUUCAGAGGUGCGUGUACUGCACUGAACAAGACCGGGUCCGGUGGAUCCGUCCUAAUGUUCUUCCUUAAGAGUGUUCGUAAUAACACCCAAAAAGCACUGAUCUUAAAGAGAACACCACAAACUGAAAUAUGAUAUAAUCGACAGCAUAUUAUACCAUAUCGUAUGCAUAAUAUUCAACAGAGUUGUAUUACAUCAUCUACUUAGUAUUGUAUGUAUUAAAGGUUUAAAAUCAGUAUCAUAUAUUAUUUUUACUUCUCAUUUUGCUGCAGUAAUGUGAAGAACUACUGCCUUCCAUUGGAGGAUUAUUUUGGCCAGUGGUAAAGAAAAUAUUAACAUGGUAAAUGAAAAUUCUUACAGUAGCCAAAAUCAUCAGCAAGCUAAAUUAAUGGACUUACUACCGCAAACAAAAUGCAACUUUUUCUGUUUAUGUUUGUACUGCUGCCAGUCAUGGGCUUCCAUAAAAAAAGUUGUUUUUUUAUCACUUAGUAAACUAAACUUCACAUGUAAACAUACAUUGUAUUAUAACAUGAUAUGACUGUAUGAAGACCAAGCUACAGCAAAUGACUAAUGUUGCAUUUGAAAUUGUUUUUAUUAAAAUCAUGUAUUGUUUGCAAAACCAAGACAGAAUCUGUGCAAAGCUGAAUCUUUUAAUUUCUUUAGCUUAAUGACUUUAUCCCUCCACUAUCAUAACAUUGCCUGAUCAUGUUGCUUAUGACAUGUUUUUAACAGUAAGCAACAAAAAAAAUGUAAUGAUUUUCAAUAAAGCCGCUAAAGAAAGAAAA